UGUGAACUGUCUGCGCGCGCCAACACACACCUCCUUCACCACCACAUCCACGCACGCACCCCACACACGCGUCACCAUGCCGCCCACAAAGACGCGCAGAUCAGACUCCAGACCUUCGAGCGUGGCGUCGCCGCGCAAGUCCCGACCACCAGCAGCAGCAGCGGCGGUGCUUGGAGACGGAGAGAAGCAGAUGAUCGCAAAGCAAAAGGUGAAUGUCAACAUCGACAUCAAGCAUGGCCUUGCUGCUGCUGCAACCGUUGACGACGACGACGACGAUGAUGAAGCGGCGUUCGGGAGUGUGCUCGAGCAUGCCCACACCGUUGCGCAAAUGCUUGACGCUGGUCGAGCAGCUCCGGCCGGUACUCCACCGCUCACCCUCGCGCUGCUCUCGAAUGCUCUGCGCAGACGAUUGACGCAGGGUGCAGAGGCUUCGAGAGGUGAUGAGGCGGUACAGAUCGACUGGACGAGGUACGCGUACUGGCCAGAAGGCUUGAUUCAGGAGGAGCUCGCUCUCAAUGACUACUUUAAGCGACUCAAAUUCAUCCACUUGGAAGUCGAGACCAAACGUUUGUUCCUCGCUCAGACCAUGCCUGGUUUCGCUGCCAACGAAGAGGAGGAGGAAGAGGUCAUCUACUCUGCUGCAGAUGUGGCAGCCUUGGAGCAAACGGCGAGCGAGCUCAAGUCGCAGAUGCGCAGCGCAAAGGCGCAGAUCAAAUCUCUCCGCAGCGCCAUCGAUGCGUGCGCAGGCGCCCUGCUGCCACCGAGCACGGCACGCUCGAUGACGACGACGCCGACGCCGUUGCCGACGCCUUCCAAGCGUCGCAAAGCAUCCGAGUCCUCAUCGUCGUCGUCGCGCGGCGCAGUGGGCGAUUUGUUGGAGCAGUCCAUCGAAGCAUCGCAUCUGAUCGAGGAUAUUGCGGAUUUGGAGCUGCGCAUCGCUAGGACCAAAGCGGCUGGAGGUGGUAGCAGGCCAAACUUUGAGAAUCGCAAAGAGCUGGAGAGCAUCCCGAAAGUGGCUACGCUGACGCCAGACGAAGCUGCAGAGUGGUGCGAUAGGCAGAUCGACGAGAUGCAGUACCUGGCCAGCGCAUCCACAACUCUGCAACAGACCAUCGAUGCGCGCAAAUCCGAGCUGGUAGCCGCUCACAGAUCUCUGGACAGGUUGAAUGUGGAGCGAGGAGUGGCGGAGCAGUACGCCGAAGAAGCGGACAGGGCGGGCGUGGUUCAAGAAGCGGCGCUUGCUGAGAGGGGUGGUAACGCCGGCGCCGCGACCGCGACCACAGGCAAGGGAAGAGAUUUGGAAAUCGAGAGGAUAUGUCUCGAGCACGCAGAUACGCUCGAAAUUCUUCGCACCAUCCUGGGCGUGCAAGCCAUCUCUGCUCCAGACUGCAAGACGCUGCGCGUCGUGUACAGCGUGGCGGCGCGAGACGGAGACGACAAGCAUAGCGUCGGCGGCGGGUGCGGGAGCGGGAGCGCGACGGCGGUGUUCAGGUUCGACAAGCCAGCUGGCAAGCUGCUUCAAUUCAGCGUGACGGACGAGGAUGACAAGGACUUGCUGCAAAACAUUGCACCGCCACAUUCGUACGCAAGAGCAGCGCUGGACGCCGCGCACGCAUCCAACGACCUGCCAGGUCUGGUCCAAGAGCUCAUCAUGGCCCUCGACGCCUAGCCUAGGCUAGGCUAGGCGCGCGCGCGCAGUCCACAAAAUCCUGCAACACAUGGUCAUUACGCUCACGACGCACCGCCCCGACUCAAACAUCCUCCUCAUCCUCCUCCUCGUCGCCUUCAGCGAUAGCCUCGUGAGCUUCUUGAGCCUCCUCUUCCUGCUCGUCGUGCCAAGCAGCAGGUACGGCGUAGAAUCGCAGCACGUUCUUGUUGGGAUCCUUUAGCAGCACAAACUUGCUCGUCACGCCUUGCCCAUCCCUCGAGCUGGCGUGCUUGCGAGCCAGAUCCGCAAUCGUUCGAACGAUGCCCCACCCGUUGGCCAGGUUGAGAUUGAUCUGCGCUGCAAAUUCCUUGGGCUUGUACCAUUGCGUUCCCAAGAUGACGUGUCGCGAAGUGUCGCGAGGUGUGGCUCGAGAAAUGUAUC